UUUCCCCUUUUCUUUCCCCCUUCGUCCAGCACGUUCAGGCAGUUGUUUCAGCACUGCGAAUUAGUUUGCCUGAGUCAGAGCGCGCAGAAGCGGGUCGCGGAGAGGGGGCAACUUUCACUUCGCCUGUAAAAUAAGUUGCAGAACGAGAGUCGCGCCUACCGUCAUUAUUAUUCGUUCAACUUUCUACGGCUCUGGUUUUAAAAUGGAUAUAAGCAGGCUAUGUCGGUGUUCCUUGCCGGCGAUUUUAAGACACCUUGUAUUUCUAGUGCUUUCGUGGAAUUGUGGAAUGGUUACGUGUGAAAAUGAUGGUACUAUUUUAAAACUGGUGGAAAAGGAUCAAAAUGUAAAUAGACCUUUACGCGAUUUCUUGACUCGAGGAAGGGUAAAACGUUCGACGGGGUUCACGAGAAACCAGCAACAUUCUAUUGUGGAAUUACAUAACAGGUUUCGAGGCGAAGCAGUCCCUCCUGCUGCGAAUAUGGAACAUUUGACAUGGAGCGACAAUUUAGCAAAAGCGGCCCAGACCUGGUCAGAAAACUGCACCUGGGGCCACGGGCCCUCCGGAGCCGUGACCGUUCAGUAUGGCCAGAAUGUUUGGCUCGAUAAGGCAGCCACCACUGCGAACCCUGUGGGAAUCACGGCCACUCGUGGAUGGUUCGAGGAAAGUAGGUUCUACGAUCAUGCGACCAACGACUGCAGCGGGGAGCAGUGCGGACACUACACUCAGUUAAUGUGGGCGUCAUCGACAAAGGUGGGUUGCGGAAGGCACUACUGUCCGAGAGUGACGGGGGCGAGCGAUGCCCGUGGCUGGUUCAUUACAUGUAAUUACUACCCACCGGGCAACUACAUUGGUGCCAAACCUUAUGCUGCUGGUGAAAGUUGUACACAGUGCGAAUCUGGAAAAGGAACCUGUGAUAAGAAUUUAUGCAGAAACUGUACCGGGAUUUCAACCCAAUGCGAAUGUCGACAAGUCUGCCAUUGCGGAGGAACCCUUAACAGGAACAACUGCACGUGCGCAUGCCCUAACGGCUAUUUCGGUCCUGACUGCUCUGAAUACUGCGAAGACAAGCAUCCUCUAUGCGGGAAGUCCCCGGGCUGGCCUGGGUACUGGACCUGUGCUUUACAUCCUCAAAUUCCAAGAAACUGCCCAAAGAUGUGCAAAGUCUGCACGCCACCUGACCCCGGUUCGUCUAAAUGUGCUCUUCCAACGGCGCCACCGGCAACGUUCCAGCCAUUCAACACAGACAGUAGCUUCUUCACUACCGGAUCUUUCUUCGGGCCUGGGCAGACUGGCAUGACCACCGUAGAUGGCGGUGUGACACAGAGAAAUGGCCGCAAACGUCCUACUAUCACCGAAGUACCGUGUGUGGAUAAGAAAUGCAAGAACGGCAUUGUGAGAGGAACAGACUGCAGCUGUGCGUGUAUAGUCGGUUACGAGGGCGGUGAAUGCCAGUACGUGACGACGGAGCUCGAUCAUGGAGUUAUAUUUUAUUUGGAAGGAAACAUUAAACAGUGGCCGACGAGUAAGUCUGUCUUGAAGGCUAUUACAGCUAUGGCUGUUAAUUCAUAUUGUUCUCAGUAUCCGAAUGAAUGUUGUCUCAAAUCUUCAAAUUUACUCCUAAACAGAACUAAGGUACCGGCUUACAUCAAUGGUAGCCAUGUAAGCGCUGCUAUAGGAUUCCCAGUCCAGAUCAAGGAGAAUGAAUUCAAGGUGGACAUGUUGGUUCACCCGCCGCCUCAAUCGCCUCUCUGUAAAGAUGGCGGCUAUCUAACACAGAAACUGCUCCUCGCCUCGCUCGGUUACCAGUUCGACAGCAUCCGCGCCUCCCUGAGCGUCACCACCAACUUCACCCUCUACGCGCUCGAAGGGCGGGAGAUUCAAGAAAGUACUAACCCGGCAGGCGAUCCCUUCGCGCCCGGUGAAGGCGGGAAGGAAGGGGCCGAAAAAACGCUCACCAUCGUGCUUUCCACCGUAGCCGCUGUCACUUCUAUUUUCGCCAUCACCAUAGUCAUCAUGGCAAUCCAUAAAUGCGUGAAGAAAAAGGAAUAUGUCCGACCAGCCAUGUCGACCAAGAGUUCCUUCGUGAGCGUCCUCGAGACUGGCGACGGUGACGGUGACGACGGUGACCAGACAUUGGCCGUCAAGGACGAGGUGUACCACAACCGAGCAGCGAGGAUGGAGUCGGCGGCCGUCAGGAUAUCCAGGACAUCGAAUCUCUUCAAGAUGUCGAGGAGAUCGUGGUUGAUGACGACCCGGAAGCAGUUGAGAAGGAAACUGCAGGUGCAGACAUCUGAAGGAAAACUCUUCGCUCACUGACCCUGAGGGACCAGUCGACAAGAAUAGAGGUUCAGAUUUGCACCUUCCCUACAGAAACGAUACAACGGCAGCAUCCCAGACUCACUUAAACUACCAAACCUACUCCAAACCGACUCCAAACCGACUGAUUCUUGGGCAUUUUGGAGUAAUAUGAUCCUAAGUUCGGUCUGUCGUCGGUCUGGUGUCGGUCUGGUGUCGGUCUGGUGUCUGUCUGGUGUCGAUCGUGUCGGUGUGACUGAGGUAUCGGGUGCAAAACACCACAGGGUAGGGUGUAACUCUUACAUGAACACCCUGCAUCCUGAAAGGUGCUCAUUUGCACCUUUUGAGGUUCAGAUGUGCCUCCUAUUCUGAGGGUGCUGCUACUGUACCAGUUGGGGUGCAUAUGAGAAACUUUAUUUCUUCGAGUGAGACUAAAUUAUGAACUAAACUACGGCAGCGUGUGAUUUCAGAAUUCCCAUAACUAUAAUAAUUCGUGAUAGAGCAUUAACUUAUCGCACACGCGCUUUCAAUCAAACGUAUAGGAUCGACACUAUAAAAUGAAUGAUUACUCAAAUCUACAAAAUUUCAAAAAAUACAUAUAAUAUUUUAAUAACUUCUGUGUUCUCUUCUGGUGUCAUCAUGGUCAUAGCGGAGAGGAGGUUUGUCACUUUAUCAGCUUCCCAAAAUCGGUGUUAUGCUGUCUGAAAAGCAAAUUGGUUGAAGAUGAGAUCUGAAGACAUUAUUUUGUAAAAAAUAAACAUUUUUCUGUUGAUUUGUCGUCAGUUAAUCAAAGUUAAUCAAAGUUUAUGUAUUAAUUUAUUUUAUAGCGAUUCAUGACAACACGCAUUUGGAUUCAAAGGGCGUAUUUCUUUCCAUGAUGAUAGAUUUUAUUAUACUCAAACGUUUAUAAUAUAUGUCCUGCGUUUUGCGAAAGAUUACAAUAUUCAAAAUGUUGUUCUUGUUGUUCAUGAUGUCUCAAUUUGUACGGAGUAUAGUAUUUUAUGAGGUGGUUGAUAUUUUUGUAGCGGAUGCGAAAUUUGUAUAGGUGCUCGGGAUGAAUAGAAAUAAACAAGAUUUAUACAAUGCAAGUAAUACAUUAUACAAUAAUGUUUUUAAUGACUAUUUAAUAAGACAGAUAUCGGAAAUAAUUCUAAUAGUCUUGAGAAGGUGAAGGUUUUUUGUUGGCAUCAAUUGACAUUGAAGCAUGCAGGGAAUGUGAUUUUAUCUAGAGUUUCUAUAUAAUUCACAUACGGUGUUUUUGUGAAUAUGAAUAAUAUCUCUCUUUGUAUUUUCACCCUUAAAACUACCAUACUCUAUGAAAAUGGAUUGUUACGUAACAGUAUCUAUUUGAGGAGCUUGGUGUUUACUUACGGUGAAGGUCAUGUACAUUAUUUGUAUUCCUAAUAUGCAAUUGUCUUUCACUUUUCCAACGUACUUAAGAAUAUCUUAUUGAAAUAUUCCACGUACACGUUUAUUUAUCACCGCCGUUUCAUUCAUAUCGAGUCUAAAUAAAUGUAUAUUUACAUGACUAUAGACGACGUAGCAGAUUGUGCAAAAUGCCAAAAGCUUGCCUUCUUCGUUUUAAAUAUUCAUUUAUGGUGAAAUAGAGGGUGAAUAAUUAUAACAAUAAUAUAUAAUAAAACUUUUGUAUGACUAUUUCAAUACUUGCGAUACAAGAACACUAUAUUAUAUUUCGAAAAUGUUUAUUUAUGUUUUAUUUUUAUUUUGUCAUCAUGGUGCUAUUGUUCUCUAUAUUUCCAUUAUCAAAUUAUCACGAAUAUUGUCUAUCAAUAGACCUCUAUGUUCACAUUAUCACUCAUGUUAUUUAUAUAAUAAUAUAUUUCCCUUGCUUUUACGAGGCAUGUGUUUUCUAUGCAAGUUAUAAACAGGGUCAUACACUGGAAUAACGGUAAUGUUUAUAUUUUAACUUUGUCUAAAAUGAAAACAUGGCAUUACGAAAAUACUUGCUAAUUUCGAAGUUAUCAAUCAAAUUCUGAAAAAGGAAUGAAUGUCAAGAAAUUGUAUUUUGAGAGAGGAUAAUUAUUUCAUUACCUGGAGCUGGUCUUAAUCACUAAAUUUGCUGUUAUAUCUCUGUUUGUUUUUAUUCACUUUUGAAAUAUGGAAGAUGAACAUUCUGUAACAAUGUCGGAUAAAUAACCGGUGCACGUGUGUAUUCAAAUUCUGGGCAUUAUACGAUUUUUCGUUCGCUUUUGAUAAUCAAAAGUUGGACCGAAGUUUUCGGGACAUAAGCCUGCGUUGAUCUAUACAAAGGUGACUGAAAUUAUUUAUUAUGUGACACCCUACGAAAAGUCCCUAAAUUUGAAAACAUUAUUAACAGUAAUACUUCAAAUUAUUGUCAUGUGCUAACACAAUAAUGUACCAUUCAACCGAUAUGGUGAUGAUAUUAUUCAUGAAAUGCACAAGGACUUUGCAAGGUAUGGUUAUAUCUAAGAUAUAAUUAUAUUUAUUUACCCAUGCAUAGAGAUAUUUCCAUAUUUCUCUUUUAUUCUAUAAUUUUUCUAUACUCUUCCGCUACGAAACGUAUCACAACAUGCCAAAUAAACGAAGCCCUUAUUAAGGGCUGAAGGACAAUUUAGAAAGUGCAUUCACGGACAGAUAUGUUUGUAGGAAAAUUGUUGGAAAAUUGAUUUAUAUAUUUGUUUUCUCUUAUAAAUUUAAAUAUGUAAAUAAUUGUAAAUAUUUAUUGCUCACAUACCGUGAGUAUAUGGAGUAUAUACGCAAGUGCUUUCAGCGUUUAAAGAAAGAAAAUUAGUGUUCCUUCUGACAUUUUGACCGAAUAUUUACAUUCGUCUUCCAGUGAUUGCAAAUAUUUCGCUAUUUUGUUAAUGUGAAUAAAGGAGAAGUUUUAUAUACAACCUCAGACAGUGAUACCGAUAGAUUUAUAUGUGAUUACAAAUCUUCCUAGAACAUACAUAAUAUAAAUACGAGUUUAUUAAGUUCGAUACGAUGUUUCCUUAUAUCAAUCAAGAUCAUGCUACGUACUUAUUUCUCUUAUAAUUAUUUCGCAUGACGAUACAUUUUGCACUAUUGUCUACUUUAUUACAUAAAAUGUUUGUAUAAAAACAUGA